GGAAAAAGCAGCCGGCAGCCCUCUGAGGUCUGUCUGUAGGAUGCGGGGUGAGCUGGACAGAUACUGCGCAGACUAUUUACAGACGAUUCCUUUACUUGGAGAGCUAUUGUUCACUUGUGUGUGAAAAGGGGAAAAAAAAAAUGAGAUUUCAGCAUUAUUUUUUGGUAUUUUUUAUUUUUGCAAUGAGUCUUCUUUUUAUCACCGAACAGAGGCCAGUUAAUUUUCCCAAGAAAAGAAAAGUAUACAGACACAACUGCUUCCGAAGGAGAUGUGUUCCACUCCAUUCCCGGGUGCCCUUCCCCUGAGAAAACUCUGAUUCCAUUGGUUCCACCAGAAGAAGAGCGAAAGCAAAGAUGUCCACCCAUCCCAAAACCACCUCAGCAUGGCGACAGUGUGGCAGCUCGGGUGCUCCUGCGCAAACGGAUGUUGUUGCCAAGUACCUCGGAUGGCUUCUAGGCUCUUGAGAUGGUUCCUCCUGGAUUUUCUUUGACAAGAAAGUAAUAUAAAUGGAAAACAGACUAGGUUGAAGCACACUCACUUGUCCAUAUAACAAUCUCUCGUCUUCUUCUACACAUUAUUUUAUCGGCAUAUAUUCAUUUUACAGUGAUGGGUUUCAUAAAGAUAUUUACAUACAAGUGUGUCAUGUACGUUGACCAUAUUUACACAUGUACAUCAUGCACGUUGACUAUAUUUACACAUGUACAUCAUGUAUGUUGACUAUAUUUACACAUAUGUACAUUAUAUGUAUCGACUAUGUUUGCACACGUGUACCCUCCCCUUUCUCUCCCUUCACCCUCCUUUUCAUUCACCCAAUUUUGUUUCUGCUUUAAUGGCGUGUACACGUCAGUGAUUUUGUUGCACAUUAUUCUUCUUACAUGGAUUAAAAAGAAAACCACUUCUC